AUGCCGACACGCGCGUCUCUCGCGCUCCUCUGGCCAUACGCAGCUUGGGAGGCCCAUGGCGCGGCCACCGGCGAGUGGCGCACGCUCACAUUCUACGACGUGGUUCCCGCGCACUGCCGGGGCCGCGUGAGCAACAUGGACGUCGCGAACGUGGCCGGCGACAUGUUCUUCUCGACCAAAGACAAGUAUUUGGCCGUCGCUUGCCCAUCCUGCCUCGCCAACAAGAGCUGCCACGGCGCCGCCACCUUCGACUGCACCAACCCCGAGAGCACCGGCCAGCUGGUCGUGCGGCAGCUCUCGGUUGAGGUCCUCGCAUUCGGGGACGCGUACUCGCUUUGCGACGUCUGGCCCCACCACGGGGAGUGCGAGUACUCCUGCUUCGCGCCGCCCGGCCACAAAGGCCCCGGCGUCGGGCGGGAGAGGGUCUGCGCCGGCGGCUCGUGGCGUGCGUGCGGGAUGGCGCCUGAUCCGUCUCCCGUCGUGCCGUUUCGGCACGCCUGGGACUACUGGAACUGGAACAUCGCGUCUCGCUUUGGCAACUCCGGCGGCGGCGAGUGGUACAGCCUGACGGCGGCGGACGAGGGCCUUCACUGGCGCAACGCCAGCGUCGUCAAGGCAAUCGACCAGGCAUGCCAGGCGAGGGCGUUUGACGGCCUCGUGGUGAGCAGAGGGGCGGCCUGCUUUGAGGCCUGCCCGCAGCCGGCCAACCGCUCGAGUGAGUGCUGGGUCGACUGCUUCUUCGAGACGCUGCUCGGCCCGGGCGCGGCCACCACGCUCAAGCCGCCCGGCGCACAGACCGGUGCGAUGGACGUGGGCCACCUCGCCGACGCGUGGCUGAGCGGCCUGCGCCACGACGACCCGGCCAAGGGAGGCUGCCCUCCCCUGUCGGCGCUGCUGCCCGUGCCAUGA